AUAAUUUGUGCCCUUUUCCUUUUGUUUUAAUUCUUCAGCUGUCGAAGUGCGAGGGUUUAAGGAAAAAAGACGCCUCUGUAAAUUCCGGCAGCCCGCCGCUCCUUCGCUACUCGAGAUUUGAAUCGGCGGCAGCUAAAGAAGAGAAGAAAAGAUGGGGAAGGUAUCGUAUAUGAAGCUUAAAGGUAGUCAAAACCUAAGGCAACGACUACUUCUAUCAACUCUCGCUUCAACACCGAUUCUAAUCGAGGAUAUUCGUGCCGACGCCACCUGGCCUGGACUCCUUCCUCAUGAGGUCUCGUUUCUCCGCCUUCUCGAGACAAUCUCCGAUGAUUGUCAUGUCGAAAUCAACGAAACUGGGACGAAGUUGAAAUACAAACCUGGGAUAGUGAUGGGUGGGGGAUAUCUGGAGCAUGAUUGUGGAUUGAGUAGAUCAAUUGGCUAUUUUCUGGAACCUUUGAUUGUUCUUGGUUUGUUUGGGAAAAAACCCCUUUCCAUUAAGCUCAAAGGGAUAACAAACGAUCCUAAAGACCCAUCUGUUGAUACAUUCAGAUCAACAACUUUACCUCUAUUAAAACGUUUUGGAGUUCCUUCAGAAGGAUUAGAAUUAAAGAUUGAGAGCCGUGGGGUUGCUCCUAAAGGAGGUGGUGAAGUUACCCUAUCAGUUCCCAUUGUUCACAACAGUUUAAAGGCAGUUACAUGGACUGAUGAAGCUGGUGCACAAGCUGGAAAUUCGCCUGGUUAUGGGAUCUCAUUGGUGGCUGAAACAACAUCUGGAUGUUUUAUAUCUGUGGACACCACAAAUUCUUAUGCUAGAGGUGAUAAUGAUGAUAAUGAGAUGGAUGUUGAUGAAAAGAAAGAACUUAUGCCACCAGAGGAAGUUGGUGAGCAAAUUGCUUCCCUUUUACUUGGGGAGAUCGAGCAAGGUGGUGUCAUAGAUUCUUCACACCAGGGUUUGUUGUUUCUACUUUGUGCAUUGUGUCCACAAGAUGUAUCAAAGAUUCGUGUGGGAAAGCUUGUGCCUUAUGGGAUUGAGACAUUGAGGAAUAUAAGAGAUUUUUUGGGUGUUAAAUUUGUGAUUAAGCCGGACCCCACGACAGGAACAGUCAUGCUUAAAUGCAUUGGAUGUGGAUUGACAAAUUUCAUCCGUAGCUUCAUUCUCCUCUCAAGAACCUUUUCAGUUUGGUGA